AAAUAAGUUAUGGGCACUUCGUCCAUCUGGUGGGAGAGUUUAGGCCAAGGCGUCCAUUUUCUCGCUUCUUUGUUUCCCGUCUUUACAGCCUUGACGACAUGGAAACUGGCGGGUUUAAGUUAUAGCCCACAGCUAACGUUAGCUUGUUUGAAUUAGCAUACGCAAAGUAUUUUCCUAAGCACUUGUGUGCACGCGGGGACACAAAUACACGACCCCCAGCACAGCCCUGCGCAUCCAGCAGAUGUUUCGUUGAGUUUUGCCACAUGACGUUCUUCAACGAGACCUUUACUCGAAGACCCAUGUAGCAUCUGAAGCUAGCUAAGAGUGAACACGGCUAGCUCGGAUUCGAGGCCCUUUCCCACCCAGGACCCUCGGUAAAUGUUUACAAGUGGCGACAGCGGCGAGGUCUCCGGCAGUAACCGAGUCAGAUAUUUGAUUUCGCAGAUUCUGUUGCGGAUGCAUCAAACUCUUCGACAAUAUAAGUAUAGGUAGCGAAGCAUACACACGGAAAUCGUACGGAUUGGGCCAGCGAGGAAAAAAAAGGAAUGACGAGGCAUUGACAGCAAAGCGAUCCUCGGUGAUCCACUCAGACCAAACACACGAUGUGUGCUCUCCAAACCCUGCCGUCUGCCAUUAUCGAGUAUGUCACCCGUUUCUCUUGUCGCUGUGGUCGGGAUUGUCAGCUGUUGUUGCACCCGUCGCCCGCUUGUCUCUUAUUCUAAGCCCACCUAGAGCCUCAUGGCCACAGAUAUAUAUUACAGCAGAGAGCUCCCUCUACGACUCGGCUUGGAGAGCUACAAAAACACCGCUACAUAAACUCUGUGCGAGGAGGCGACAGUUGGCAGACUGGACACUGAUCAUCUUUACCAUGUUAUGAACCAACCCAGCAUGGAUGCAGGGCCAUCAGAGAGUGUAGGGGUGGUGGAGGUCCACAACCAGGACGCCAUGGUUGCUGACCUCCUCCAGCAAGCUGCAGAAGCCGGGGGCGUGGUAGAGGGACAAGCUGGAGUCAUCCUUGAACAAGGUCAUGGGGAAGGAAUGGUUGCAGCCACCCAGGCCCAGCAACAGCUAAUGGAGGCCGGGGUUAGUGUAGACGGUGGAGAAGGUGUUGAAAUGAUGGUUAUGGACUCACUGGAUCCCACCCUGUUGCAGAUGAAGACCGAGGUGAUAGAUGCUGCAGUGGGGGGGUCAUCAGCUGGUUCAGCUCACCAAGCAACUGUUACAACAGUGGACCAGACUCAAAUCAUCACGCUACAGGUGGUUAACAUGGAGGAGCAGGCAGCUUUGGGCCUCGGAGAGCUGCAGCUGGUCCAAGUGCCAGUUUCUGCCACCACUGUGGAGGCCCUGCAGCAAGGCACCUUUGUUGACACCACUGCAAUGCCAAAGGAUGGAGACCCAGUCAUCUGCCACACCCUGCCGCUUCCUGAAGGCUUCCAGGUAGUUAAGGUUGGUGCUAAUGGGGAGGUGGAGACAGUGGAGCAGGAAGAGGAGGGAGGACAAGCCCACCCUGAGGAGGAAGAUGAGGAGGUGGGGAACCAGCUGUUGGAAGAAGGGGAAGAUGGGCCUAUUCAGACUCCAAAUGACCCAAACUGGGCUAAAGAUCCAGACUAUCAGCCUCCAUCUGGAAUGGUGAAAAAGACCAAAAAGGGAAAAAAGAGUCGUCUGCGUUAUGCUGAAGGAGAUAAGGAUAUGGAUGUCAGUGUCUAUGACUUUGAAGAAGAGCAGCAAGAGGGCCUUCUGUCUGAGGUCAACGCUGAGAAAGUGGUGGGCAACAUGAAACCACCCAAACCUACAAAGAUUAAAAAGAAAGGAGUGAAGAAGACAUUUCAGUGUGAACUGUGCAGCUACACCUGCCCUCGGCGCUCCAACUUGGACAGACACAUGAAGAGCCACACCGAUGAGAGGCCCCAUAAAUGUCACUUGUGUGGAAGAGCCUUUAGGACGGUCACCUUGCUAAGAAACCAUCUCAACACACACACCGGAACUCGGCCACACAAGUGCACAGACUGUGAUAUGGCUUUUGUGACUAGCGGAGAGCUGGUUCGUCAUCGUCGCUACAAACACACACAUGAGAAACCCUUCAAAUGCUCCAUGUGUGACUAUGCCAGUGUGGAGGUGAGCAAACUAAAGCGUCACAUUCGAUCCCACACCGGCGAGCGUCCAUUCCAGUGCAGUCUCUGCAGCUACGCCAGUAGAGACACGUACAAGCUGAAGAGACACAUGAGGACACACUCAGGAGAGAAACCUUAUGAGUGCUACAUCUGCCACGCCCGUUUUACCCAGAGUGGAACCAUGAAAAUGCACAUUCUGCAGAAACACACUGAGAACGUGGCCAAAUUCCACUGUCCACACUGUGACACAGUGAUCGCACGGAAGAGUGACUUGGGUGUCCAUCUUCGGAAGCAGCACUCGUUUAUUGAGACUGGAAAGAAGUGUCGUUACUGUGACGCAGUUUUCCACGAGCGCUACGCUCUGAUCCAGCACCAGAAGUCCCAUAAGAACGAGAAAAGGUUCAAAUGCGACAUGUGUGACUACUGCUGUCGCCAGGAGCGACACAUGGUGAUGCAUCGUAGAACCCACACUGGAGAGAAACCAUAUGCCUGCAGCCAGUGUGAAAAGACCUUCAGACAGAAGCAGCUGCUGGACAUGCACUUCAAACGCUACCACGACCCCAACUUUGUCCCCACCGCUUUUGUCUGCCCCAAGUGUAGCAAGACCUUCACUCGCAGGAACACUAUGGCACGCCAUUCGGAGAACUGCAGCGGUGAGGUGGAGGAUGCUGAGAAUGGAACUCCUACCCCAAAGAAAGGGAGAAGAGGAAGAAAAAGAAAGAUGAGGAGCAGGAGAGAUGAUGAUGACGACAGCGAGGAGGAUCAUGUUGAUCCCGAUGAGGAGGAAGAGGGUGAGGGAGAGGAAGAAUCGUCACUGCUACAGGACGAUGAGGACCCAGAAAGCAUGGAAUUGGACCAGGCCCCUGCCGCCAUCCCUGUCCCAGCCCCCGACGAGCCACCAGUCAAGAGGAAACGAGGCAGACCCCCGAAGAAUGCCCCUAAGCCUCCAACACCUAUCAAGUCAGUCAGAGUGGCUGCCAAGACAACGGCUGCUGCUGCCAUCAUUCAGGUGGAGGAUGAGAGCACUGGAGCGGUGGAGAACAUAAUAGUGAAGAAGGAGGAGGGUGACAUGUCCACAGCGACACCUCUAGAGGAGGGAGUGGCCCUGACCGUGGAGGGGGUGGGGCUGGAUGGGGAAGGGGUAGAGACUGUUGAGCUGGCUGUGAACGAAGAAACGGCAGCUGCUGCCGCAAACGGCGAUCUGACGCCAGAGAUGAUCCUGAGCAUGAUGGACCGGUGAACACAACACGCAGCGACACACGUGUAGCCAGACUGUGUAAAGCUAAUAUUUCCACAUCCUUGGCCUUCACCUCAUGUCUCAUCUGUAUGUGCUUUUAACAGCAGCCAUGUUGGCGCCUUUGGAGUGGCUGCACAAACUGGUGACAGCAAAAAUAACCAUGCACAAAGAAAGGAAGCUGCAUGUAAAUACUUCCACAGUAACUUCACAUCCAUGUAUGUCAACCUGCUGCACACUGAUGUUUGUGGGACACACACACACACACACACACACACACAUAUACAUAUACACAUACAAAAUACCAGAUCCUGUGUCAUCUCAUAUACAGGUAAAAUUUCCAAGCUAAUUACUGACUGCUGUCUGCUCUAAAUGCUUUUUUUCAGAGGUGAAUGUCUAUUGAAUGAAUCAUGUAUUUUGCUACUUGUGUCGACACAAAGCCACAUCCUGUGUCAGUCCCUACCCACACACUCUGCAGUUAAUGUUAAGACGGAAACUCCUCUGUGUGUGUUGCUCUGCCACAACCAGUCAUCUGCUCUUGCCUCAUCACUUUAUUUUUCUGUUCUCUUGCUUGAGAAUCUUUCCGAAGAUUUUGCGAAUCCCUGGCCUUUAUUUGUUUGUAUAUAGAUAUUAAUGUAUUUUUUUCCUAUUGAAGACAUGGUAUAUGGUAAAGUAGAUUGCCUCUCAGAUAUCACUGACUUUCAGUCACAUGAACAGUUGAGUUUUUCCCCCCCUGAGGUCUGACUUGAGUCUCUUAUAACAGGAUAUUGAAAGAAGGGUCCUUCCUUAUAUAUGGGGAGAGGCAGGUACAUUAAAAUGAACAGAGCAAAUUCAUAACUGUGGUACAUCUUUUAGCCUCAUUCAAAUGGAAACAUGCCCUCAGUCAGAUCAUGUACAGUAAAAACUUGAUAGCUGCUAAAUUAUCGACAUAGUUUGAGAUGAAGUAAUUUUUCAACUGUUUUAUAUUUUUCUCCUACUUAUUACUGUCGGGCCUAUUUAUAAUUCACAGGUAAUAUUCUUCUUCCUUCCUGUUUUAAAAGAACAUAGAACAUUGGAGCAGUUACAGAAAAUCCUGAUUGGUGAAAUAUGUAGCUGUAGUUUUGAACAUUCCAAAAAAAGUAGUAUGAGAUUAUUUCAAUGCAUUUGAAUAUUCUCACUUGAAAUAAUCAGCAGUAACAAACUCAAAUUUGUAUAAGGUAAUUAUCAGCCAUUCUAAAGCCAGUUCCAUGUUUUGUUGGGACCAGACUAAGCUGUGAGUCAGUGAGUCCCUCAAACCCCCCCUCCCCCAUGAUAAUCCAUGAUGUGGCAGAUGACUUUUAUGUAAAUACAUAUUUUAAACCCUCUCUUCUUUUUGAUUUCUUGUAAACCCCUUUUAAUGUUUUUAAAUCGCUGAUUUGGGGAUGUGUUGGUUACUUAGGUUCUCUGUUAAGUGGUUAACAUGUCAGAACCAGACUGGGUCCCUUGUAACCAACCAAAACCACAAUCAUCGCUUUGUAUUCUCUUGUUCAGAGCCAUUUUCUGCUUUGAUGUUGUUUUACAGUUUUGGUUUAAGGCCAUUGGGUAGAGGUCACUGGGGUUUUCUACAGGUUGAUUCGUAAUCAGAGAAAACAUGUUAGGAGAAGGUUUCUGAGGAAAUCAACCUUCAUACAUCAUACCUACACUGUCACUUGAGUAGCAAUCAUUAAGCAGCAUCAGUUCUGUGACUUCACGACAACAUGUGUUCUCAGUCUGUCAUGUUGUUCUGCCGGCAGACAGAUUAUGUGUGACUGUUCUCACAUCAGCAGAAUUCUUUUUUUGCUCGUUUUGUCAGAGUUGAGAAAACCAAGAUUAUAAGACGUCCCUGUUUGAAGAGCUAGACAAAAAGAAGAAACCUCUGUCAUGUUGAAGCUGAGACACUGUACAGCUGAUGAAAAAUAAAACCAUCCUCAUAUGCCUACAA